AUGACAACUUUUGACGAGAUCUUGGAAGAAGCUGGGAAGUUCGGUCCCUAUCAGAGGCGUAUUUUUGCCAUGAUGUGCAUGUUGUCCAUGCCCUUUUCUGGUGUGUAUGUUGGCAUCGUCUUCCAGGGCUUCACCCCGGAUCACUGGUGUCGGGACUCUGCCGUGGCGGAGAUGAGGCAGGCGUGCGGCUGGAGCAUGGCUGACAGUCGCAGGCUGGCGGUGCCUCUGGUCAGCAGCUCUGGAGCGCUGCAGCAGAGCAGCUGUGAGCAGUACGAGGUGGACUGGAACACCACGCUCAGCUGUGACAUACAGGAACUGAACCUCAGCAAAACCACUACAACUGCAUGCAAAGACGGCUGGGAGUACGACUAUGAGGGCAGACAGUCCUUCGUUACUGAGUUUGACCUGGUGUGUUCAGAUGCAUGGUUGGUGGAUAUGUACCAGGCCACUCUCAACGUGGGCUUCCUGGUCGGGAGCAUCACCGUUGGUUACCUGGCCGACAGGUUUGGCAGGAAACUGAGCUUCAUGAUGUCCAGCCUGAUGAACGGGAUCACAGGAAUCCUGAUGGCCGUGGCUCCAAACUACGUGUCUCUACUGGUUUUCAGAACGCUUUAUGGGUUAGGAGUGAAAGGAGGUUGGAUGGCCGGAUACGUGCUGAUCACAGAGAUCGUGGGGGUGGAGUACAGACGCACAGUGGGAGUCAUUUACCAGAUGUUCUUCAGCAUCGGCAUCCUCCUCCUCCCUCUGCUCGCCUACUUCAUCGCUGACUGGCGCUGGCUGCAGGUCGUCAUCACCGUCCCCUACUUCCUCUUCCUGUCAUACUACUGGUUUAUCCCAGAAUCUCCAAGAUGGCUUCUCUCUCAGAAGAAAAAGUCCAAAGCGGUGGAGAUCACUGAGGCCAUGGCCAAGAGAAACAAGAUGACCCUGUCCAAGAACAUCGAGACGCUGAGAGACGAUAACGCAGAGACCUGCACCGCCUCAUUCAUGGAUCUGAUCAGAACUCCAAAAAUGAGAAAACACACUUUCAUCCUCAGCUACAACUGGUUCACAAGUGCUGUGGUCUACCAGGGUUUGAUAAUGAGACUUGGCAUUCUGGGAGGAAACGUCUACGUCGACUUCCUCAUCUCGGGCCUGGUGGAGUUCCCCGCGGCGCUCCUCAUCCUCUUCACCAUCGAACGAUUCGGCAGACGCGUUCCCUUCGCCUCCGCCAACAUCGUAGCUGGAGCCGCCUGCUUCAUCACGGCCUUCGUCCCUGACAGUAUGUUCUGGUUUAAGACGGCGGUGGCCUGCGUCGGUCGGCUGGGCAUCACCAUGGCCUUUGAGAUGGUGGUGUUCGUCAACACUGAACUGUAUCCAACGUUUAUCAGGAACCUGGGAGUGUCGGUGUGUUCCACGCUGUGUGAUGUUGGAGGCAUCGUAGCUCCCUUCCUGCUCUACAGACUGGCUGUCAUCUGGCUGGAGCUGCCACUCAUCAUCUUCGGUGUUUUGGCCUUCGUGGCCGGCGGUUUGGUGCUGCUGCUUCCUGAGACCAAGGGCGUGCCGCUGCCCGACACCAUCGACGACAUCGAGUUCCCAGAAAAAGGGAAGGAGAGGAGCCAGCAGUUGGCAAACCUAAUGCCCAACGACAGCAUCUCGACCAACAGAGAACCAGCAGCUGUUUAAUCUCCUGCUGGGACCAAAGUAUUUAUUUAUGUUGCAUUUCCCUUGAAGAAGUUCGGAUUUAGACUAAACUGCUGUAAAGUUUCUGUGUUAAGCCUCUGUGACCGUUGAUGACUUACUCAAAUAUGUGUAAAGAGACGCAUGAACUCACAUUUUAACUUGUCUUAU